AUGCAUUGUGAGAGAUUUAUAUGUAUCCUGAGAAUACUUGGAACCACGCUCUUUGGGGUCUCCCUCCUGCUCGGAAUCACAGCUGCUUACAUUGUUGGCUACCAGUUUAUCCAAACAGACAAUUACUAUUUCUCUUUUGGACUCUAUGGUGCUAUUUUGGCAUCACAUCUCAUCAUCCAAAGCCUAUUUGCCUUUUUAGAACACAGGAAAAUGAAAAGAUCACUUGAGACUCCAAUAAAGUUGAACAAAACAGUUGCCCUUUGUAUUGCUGCCUAUCAAGAGGAUCCUGACUACUUAAGAAAAUGUUUACUUUCAGUGAAAAGAUUGACCUACCCUGGAAUUAAAGUUAUCAUGGUCAUUGAUGGGAACUCAGAAGAUGACAUUUACAUGAUGGACAUUUUUAGUGAAAUCAUGGGCAGGGACAAAUCUGUCACUUAUAUAUGGAGGAAUAACUUUCACGAGAAGGGUCCAGGUGAGACAGAGGAGUCACAUAAAGAGAGUAUGCAACACGUAACUCAACUAGUCCUAUCCAACAAAAGUAUUUGCAUCAUGCAGAAAUGGGGUGGAAAAAGAGAAGUAAUGUACACAGCAUUCAAAGCGCUGGGGAGAAGUGUGGAUUAUGUACAGGUUUGUGAUUCAGAUACAAUGCUUGAUCCAGCCUCAUCGGUGGAGAUGGUAAAGGUUUUAGAGGAAGAUCCAAUGGUUGGCGGAGUUGGGGGUGAUGUGCAGAUUUUGAACAAGUAUGAUUCCUGGAUCUCCUUUCUCAGCAGCGUGAGAUACUGGAUGGCAUUUAACAUAGAACGAGCCUGUCAGUCCUAUUUUGGCUGUGUACAGUGCAUCAGUGGACCCUUGGGAAUGUACAGGAAUUCCUUGCUGCAUGAAUUUGUGGAAGAUUGGUACAAUCAAGAAUUUAUGGGCUCCCAGUGUAGUUUUGGAGAUGACAGACAUCUAACUAACCGAGUGCUGAGUCUGGGUUAUGCCACAAAGUACACAGCUAGAUCAAAGUGCCUUACUGAAACACCUAUAGAAUAUCUAAGGUGGUUGAACCAGCAGACCCGUUGGAGUAAAUCAUACUUUAGAGAGUGGCUGUAUAAUGCAAUGUGGUUCCACAAGCAUCAUUUGUGGAUGACUUACGAAGCUGUAAUCACUGGAUUCUUUCCUUUCUUCCUCAUUGCCACAGUCAUUCAGCUUUUCUACCGGGGGAAAAUCUGGAACAUCCUCCUUUUCUUGUUGACAGUUCAGUUAGUGGGCCUUGUAAAGUCUUCCUUUGCCAGCUGCCUUAGGGGGAACAUUGUCAUGGUAUUCAUGUCACUCUACUCAGUGUUGUACAUGUCAAGUUUACUUCCAGCGAAGAUGUUCGCAAUAGCCACAAUAAACAAAGCAGGGUGGGGCACAUCAGGAAGAAAAACCAUUGUCGUCAAUUUCAUAGGACUUAUUCCAGUAUCUGUUUGGUUUACAAUCCUUCUAGGCGGUGUGAUUUUCACUAUAUGCAAGGAAUCAAAAAAGUCAUUUUCCGAUUCAAAACAGACAGUUCUCAUCAUUGGUACAGUACUCUAUGCAUGCUACUGGGUUAUGCUUUUGACUUUGUAUUUGGUUCUUAUUACCAAAUGUGGCAGGCGGAAGAAAGGGCAACAGUAUGAUAUGGUGCUUGAUGUAUGA